AUCAGGGAGGAGAGCUGGUGGUGGUGGUCGAGGGGAGAGCUAAUGUGCGUCGUGUCGCUGAAUACUCAGACAGCACCGAAGGGGUCACCUGGAUAUUCACAGUGCCGCCGACUGCUGUGUACCUCUGCAGGUCUGCUUCUCCAAAUGGUCACCCUGCAUCAGCUCAGUGUACUCCUUCUCCUAUUCUCAGCUGGCCAAGAGUCGGCCCUGAUCUCCCAAGACCCAAUGGACCAAGCGCCCAAUUUUCCAGUUGAGAUGCACUACGUGAAGAUUGGAUCCCCUUUCACGCUGAACUGUGAAGACCCUUCAGCAGACAGAGGAGGCCGACUGGAGUGGAGAAGGAAUAAUACCCAGCAAAGUGAGAAUGGCCAACUGUCAAUCAGCAGUGCCCUCCAGACACACCAUGGGAUUUAUACUUGCCACUUCAAGGAUAAUGAAGAUGUGCUGAGAGCUGUCCACUUGCAACCAGGCUAUCCUCCUGGUACCCCAGUAGUCCACUGUAGGUCUAACAACUAUCCAGAAGAGGCUCAGUGCAACUGGUACCUGGAGAAUGAAACCCACAUCCCAACCAAUUUUACUGCCACCUACAGACAUGGCCUGUUUGGAGAAGAGCAGGAAUGCCUUGUGACCAACAUGUCAUGUGUGAUAAGGGGUUUCGCUCUCUACUCAACGCAUCCCUACAUCUUUAAUGUGACCGCAUGGAACCCACUGGGCCGGAAAGAAAAGCUACUUCAGUUUGUCAUCGAGCACAUCGUGAAACCGGACCCCCCUGAAGACCUAAUGGCCUGGCCCUCCAUAGAAUGGAAGCGUCAGCUAGACAUUUCCUGGCAGCCACCACACACCUGGCAACACCCCAUUCUCUUUCCUCUGAAGUACCAAGUGCAGUACAGCUGGUCAGAUGGCAAGGCCUCCAGAACGACUGGACCCUAUGAAGUGACCGGUAUCAAGCUAAAAGGACUCCGGCCUCGCACCACUUACUCCAUCAGCGUGUCAGCAAAGGAUAUUUUGGAUAAUGGGGAGGCCAGUGACUGGAGCCCGACGGUGACUGCCACAACAAACUGAUCGUCUGGAGUCUGGAGACAAGUACAUCUGUAUGUGAUUGUGUGGUUUAUUCUAAUAGACUUGACAAGUUCCUGCAGACUCUCAUGCAUGUGCUCAUCAGUUUAACACUUUCAGUGGAUCAGUACAGUUAUGGUCAGUUCCUGUUCACGGCCUUUCCUUAUCGUUCAAUUUCAUGUACGCUUUACUACAUCAAGUAAGCAGUGUGGUAUGGUGGCUAAGACACUGGACUUUAAACUACAAGAUUGCAAAUUCAGUUCUUACCUCCUCUUUACUGUGUGACUCUGAGCAAGUCACUUAAUCUGCCUGUCCUACAACUGUAAGAAAUAUCUAUAAACAGUUGUGGCGUAUACUUGUGUAAUGCCUUGGAUAAAGGUGUCCACCAAAUAUGCUACCUGUCUAAGAUGGGUUGAAAUCUAAACAAUCAACAUAGACCUCAGCAUUAAUGUUUGCA